AUGCAAGUAAGGAGCAACAUCUUCCACCACAACACGGUCCAAUUGAUACCUACUAAUAAGGAUAGUAAGAUGUCUUCCAAUGCUCUCUUUGCGGAUGAUGACUCAUCUGAUGAGGACGAAGUGACCCCUGCUGUCACUUCUCAAGAGAAGGGUAAGGUGGACGACCCAGCCACUGCAAAUGACUCGGAUUCCGAGGAUGGGGGUGACAAGACCACGAAUGUCGACGGGGAAAAGGCAUCGGAAGGCAAAGAAGAAGAAACCAAGGAAGGGGAUGGAGAAAACAAAACAACUUCACGGCCGUCUCUAUUUGACGACGACAGUGAUGAUGAAUCCGAUGCCAAAUUUGAUGACGUUGAAGGAGCCGCAGCUCCUGCCCAAGACCCUACCAAGACAACCUCUGACACUGCCGGAACCCCGUCCAAAUCAUCCAAUCGACCACCCGAAAAUGCCACUGUUGUUCAUGUAGCUCGUCCAGACGAUGGCGUUACGAUGCACAUGACCAAACUACCGAAUCUUCUGGCCAUUCAACCUGCUGCCUUUGAAGAAUCCAACUAUAGUGCCCAGGAAGAAGAGGAACAAUACAAGGGUUAUGUACACAACAUGGUUCGAUGGAGAUACAAGAAGAACAAUACUGGAGACUUUGAGCGAGAUGCUUCUGGAAGCUUGAUUCGGGAGAGCAAUUCCAAGCUAGUCAAGUGGGACGAUGGUUCCUUCACGCUACACAUUGGAGAUGAAUCAUUUGUGAUUCAGAACGUGGACAAUAAAGAAGCUGGAUCCACAGGCCUCAAGAGUUUUGUUUACCUCUCUCAAAAGGCCACUUACAGCAGCAACGAAGAAAACGGAGAGGAUAACGGUGGUACCAUGCUAGAGUGUGUUGGAGGAGUCACCAGCCGACUCAUUCCAAAGCCAUCUUCCUUGCAGUCCGAAGCUCACAAGAGUCUCACAGUUGCUGUUAGACAGAGAACAAUGAAGCGGUCAAAAAUUGCCGAAUAUGUUACGCAAGAAGAUCCCGAAAAGCUUAGGGCCGAUCGCAUCCGUACCAAUGCAGAGGAGGACAAGAUUCGAGCACGUAGAAGUGGUGGUGGACAUCGGGCUGGUGGUGGUCGUCGCCGCACGCCUGGUAUGAACCGCCGUUACAUGGAAGAGGACGAUGAUGGUGACUAUGACACAACCAAUAUUAGUGCCAUGAAGAAGGGAGCGAUUGAAGAUGACAUGGACGAUUAUGGAGAUGAAUCAGACGAUAGUGAUGGUUACAAUGAUACCUUUCGAAACCGCAAUCGCAAGCGACAAAAGCGAGCUUUGGAAGAGGACGAAGAGGACGAAGAAGAGUUGGUAUUUGAAGAUGAUGAAGACGAUGACGAGGUUGCUGUUGUCAAGGCAUCAACCAAGAAACGAUCGCAUCAAGCGGUGGUGGAUGACGACUCUGAUUAA